CGCUCCAGCACCCCUGGUCCAGGUACUCCCGUCCCUAUAGCCGGAAGUGUCCCAUCGCCAUCCGGCUCAGUGCCAGGAGCCGCUGCUCCUUUCAGACCACUGUUUAAGGACUUUGGACCGCUGUCCAUGGGCUAUGUGCAGGCAAUGAAACCACCCGGCUCCCAGGGCUCCCGGAGCACCUACACGGACCUGCUUUCGGUUAUAGAAGAAAUGGACAAAGAGAUCAGACCCACCUACUCUGGUAGCAAGAGUGCCAUGGAGCGCCUGAAGAGAGGCAUCAUCCAUGCUCGGGCACUAGUCAGAGAGUGCCUGGCAGAGACAGAGCGAAACACCCGCAGGUAA